AUGAAAAUUUUGAUUAUAAUUUUCCUUCCACUAAAAGAAUCUGACAAUUGCUCUAUUCAUAAUAAAAGGUUGGCAGCUAGUGUACUUGGCUGUGGUAAAAGGAAAGUUUGGCUCGAUCCAAACGAAGUAACUGAAAUCUCUAAUGCAAACUCUCGUCAAAAUAUUCGAAAACUUGUAAAAGAUGGUUUAAUCAUCAAGAAACCGCAAAUUAUUCAUUCCCGUUUUCGUGUUAGAGAAAAAUUGGAAGCCAAACGUAAAGGUCGACAUACUGGUCCCGGUAAAAGAAAAGGUACUGCCAAUGCUCGUAUGCCUACUAGCGUGUUAUGGAUGAGAAGGCAACGUGUAUUAAGAAGAUUAUUAAGAAAGUACCGUGAAUCGGGUAAAAUCGAAAAGCAUUUGUACCAUCAAUUGUAUAUGAAGGCUAAAGGUAACGUUUUCAAAAACAAGCGUGUUUUGAUGGAAUACAUUCAUAAGGCUAAAGCCGAAAGAGUUCCCGAAGCACAUCGCCAAAAGGCUAAAGCUGCUCGUGAACGUCGUGCUAAUCGCCAAGCCCAAAAAAGGAAUGAAUUACUUGGCUUAGACGUCGAAGAAGAACAACAACCACCACCGCCACAAAAGUAA